AUGCAGUUUUCCAAUAAUAUUUUUAAUAUAAAGAGCAUUUUCACUGGUUCUGAUAAAAUUUUGUUUACUCAAAAAGGAUUUAAAAUAAAUUAGUUAUGAUUUUUUGAAGUUUACACAUUUUUUAGUUGAGAGGGCAUAUUGGUCAUUUACGAAAAAAACUAACCUUUGACUAACAGUCAACUAACACUAUAGUGGUGGGAGUGGCAUAAAAGGGUGGAAAAACUUAAACUAGUGACAUAUAAGGGAGAAGCCAAUUUUGAGUGGCAUAUAAGGGAACUGGUCAAAUUCUAGUGGCAUAUAAGGGAUUCUCUCUUAAAGAUUAAUAUGUAAUAGAAUUUAGGUUACAAACACUUGGAUAAGCAGCUAGUAGCCAUGGCCAAAAACCAAAAGAAAAUGCUAGGGCCAUUACGAGGCUAUGGGAGGACGAUAUAACAUCGAAUAAUUAAGUCACCAAAUUACACCAAACUGUUACAUUGCUCACUUCCACUUAUCAAUGUUCUCGUUAAUAAGAAUGACACCGCAUGGGCCUCAAGCUCCUCAUUUUGAAAGGUCCUCAUAUCAUGUUCCUCCCACAUAUGCCAACUGUAUAUGAGAACUUCAUUGAGAUGGUCUUCCACAUCCCCAACUCUUUUAAUUUUCUGACAGCCACUCUGGUUGGUGAUUUUCUCCCACACAGUUGAAGAUCAAAUGUCUUUGCUGUUUCUAGUUGCAGAUCGCAUAGCAAAUAAACCGUGUUUUGAGGCCAUCUGCAGAUCACUAGCUUGUGUGUUCGAUGAAAAAUUCGGAUCACUAGCUUGACAGGAUUUACAUGGCUUCAAACGCUGGCAAGAAGCUCAUUCAGAUCGAUGUGAGCUCUGAUACGGUGUGCCCAUGGUGCUUUGUCGGGAAAAAGAACCUCGAGAAAGCUAUGGAGCAAAACAAGGACAAGUUUGAUUUCGAGGUCCGCUGGCAUCCAUUCUUUUUAAAUCCGAAUGCACCUAAGGAAGGCAUCAAGAAAUCUGAUUACUACCGGAUGAAGUUUGGCCCUAUUCAGUUUGAGCAUGCAACUGCUCGUAUGACAGAGAUAUUUAGAGGACUUGGGAUGGAAUAUGACAUGUCUGGGUUGACUGGAAAUACAAUGGACAGCCAUAGGCUCAUAACUCUUGCUGGGCACCAAGGUUAUGACAAACAAAGUGCUCUUGUUGAAGAAUUAUUCCAAAGUUACUUUUGCCAUGGAAAGUUUAUUGGUGAUCGGCAAGUUCUGCUGGAUGCUGCAAGAAAGGUGGGCAUAGAAGGAGCAGAAGAACUUCUUCAAGAUUCUAACAAAGGAGUCGAUGAGGUCAAGGAAGAACUCAACAAAUAUUCCUCUGGAAUUUCUGGUGUUCCUCACUUUGUGAUAAAUGGGAAAUUUCAGCUCAGCGGCGGCCAGCCUCCAAAUGCAUUCACAAGGGCUUUUGAUGUUGCUGCAAAAGAUGGGGCUCAAUGAUUGUGCGUGUGGGAAACACUUAUAGGUUACUUAAAGCAUGUGCAAAAUAGAAUAAAAGCUGGUUUGCAGGAAAGAAUAAGAGUUGCUGAUAUAUGGUUGCUACACGGUAGGUACUUGAAUCUAUUGUAAUCUGAUGAUGAUAAUAUUCUACAUUUUUAACAGCUGUAUAUAGCCAUGAAAAAUUGAGAACGCUGUGAAGAAAAUACAUGUCCUAAGUGUAUGCACGCACCGGCUUUUUUUUUUUUGGCUCCUGUGAAAAUUACGGCUGCUCCAGUUGCACCUUGCCCUUGCUGUAAAAGUAAAAGGUCUCAUCUUUCUUGCUUCUGUAAAAGGUCUCAUCUUUGCUCUUCUGUAAUAAUUUCGACCAAGGUA